AUGCGACCCUCUGCCUGCGUGCACGGUGCGGUCUGUCUACAUCUUCUCCACAUGCUGCGAACGGAGCGCCAGGAGCGCAUCCGAGAGCUCUCGGGGAUUGGUGGCGAGGUCGUUACUGUGCUGAUGGACAGUCCCUUUUCCAAGAUUGGAGCCAGCCGCUGGCCGCUCUUCGCACUCCUGCACCUUGCACAGGUUCAGCUGGAAGGGGAGGAGGCGAUCUCGUCAGAUGCCGCUGCUCAGCAUGGAUGGCAGCCCCUGGUUACCGAUGACCAUGUCCGCUUCCGCAAUUGGGUUCACGGUCACCUAGUACAUGGCCAGACGCCGCCCUUGGUGGACUCGGUGCACUUCCUGGCCCGCGCAGACCCACGGGAGCCGGCGCAGCGUAGUAGCCUGUGCUCUGCGGCGAAAGCCGUCGGUUACCUGGCUUCUGCUUUGGUCUUGGCUCAAGAAAAGGACGAGCAGAUCCGAAAAGAGGCCGAGCAUCUUGUAGGUUCUGCCGAAGGUCACAUCAAGCACUGCGAGAACCUGGAGCCUGAGAGCUUCAAUCUUCUCACGCUGCUCCGAACAGAGUGGCCCAUCUGGUGGCUUUUGCAUUCCGUCUUGUCGUACCUCUUCCCCUGGCAGGCUACCGUGCCACCUGCUGCAGCCAGCCCUCCGCUCGCGUCGGAGACGUUGUCACCGCAGGUAGAGGCAACAGUUCGGGAUGUGCGACGGCCACAGCCAGGACCAGCGCAGAUGUCCGCAAGUCCGAGAGAAACGCCGCAGUGUGCGGGCCUUGAGAAUAGGCCGCCGAGCCUGUGCUCACUUCCGAAGGCCGUGUUUGUGCAGUACGAUGGGGCUGUGUACCUGGUGGACACCCCACAGCUCGAGAAGCAAGGCUUGCCCAGCGCAUCGCUGAUGCAGCUCUUCAGGAAUGGCCGCCCACUUCGACGUCGAGCAGCUGCUGCAGCUCUUUGUGAGGCCCCGCCGGGAGGACGGCAGCAGGAGCCCGGCUUUUCGGAGUCGCGGCUCUUCGGCCGGCGCCUUCUGGCGGUGCAGGAUCCGGAUCUGCAGGGCGCAGCAUAUUCGGCUAGUUGGGCGCCCCCGAGUGUGGGCCUCUACGUGGAGGAAACGUCUGCGAGCGAUCCCUACAAUGCCGAGUGGCUUCAAGCUUACAUCACUGCCUUUGGGAGGUUGGGCUUGGAGCCCCACGUCAUCUCCAAGAGCGAGGAAGCCCAAGCAGGAGUUCUUUACUUCUGGCGAAUCAACCAGAUGUUUGGAGGUGGCAGGCUUGCGGGGGCUCCGGGCGUGGGCCUCGCCGUGGCGCAGCAUCUCGGAGCCCUCACAUCACGGGGUGCGGCACCCUGGCCACGACCAGAGACCAUGCAGCUUUACCAGGACAAGAUCGCCCUUCGGGAGCUCUUCGCAAGGGUGGGUGUGCCUGCUCCCAAAAGCUGGGUGGUGGCCACCGUUGCGGACCUGGAGAAGCUUCUGAGUGAGGGCCAGCUGAAGGAUGCAGACUUCCCCCUGGUCUUGAAGCAUCCCUACGCCGCAUCUAGCCGUGGCAUGAGGUCGUGCGCAUCGAUGGCCGAGGCAUCGCUUGUGCUGGCGCAGUGGCUGCAGGAACACCAAGUGCCUUGUCUGCUCCAGCGCCGGCUGGCAAUCUCUCGCGACAUGCGCAUAACCUACGUCGGUGGUGAAAUCAUUCAAGGCUACUGGCGGGUGAAGGCGGAUUCCGAAGACCUGAGCAGUGGCUCAGCGGCCGGCUCUCGUCUGGACUUCGCCAUUCCAAGGGAAGCGAUAGCGCCUUUCGUCAGAAGCUUCGCGGAAGCGACAGGCAUUGACAUCGGUGGGAUGGACAUUGCUUUCCCGGAAGGUUCCGAUUCCGAAGGUCCAGUGGUCUUCGAGGUGUCCCCGAUCUUCGACCUGAAUCCGGAGCCGCCUGAGGAGUGGCGCAGCGUGCCAUACCGAGAGUACAAGCAGACUGCGGACUACAAAGCCAGGCGUGCCGAGAACUAUGCCCAGUGUGCGCAGAAGGUCGUGGAGCAUGCGCUGCAUCGCAGGGGAAAGCUUUUUGUGGACAUUGAUAACACAGUCAGCGACGCAUGGAAUCGAAUUCGCAGAGCCACGAUCCCCAGCUGGCCGGGCGAGACUUUUGAUUCUCGGGCGCACCUGCCGGAGGAGUUGGCCAAAGAUUUGCCACUGCCAGGUGCCCAGAAGGCCUUAGCAUCGCUCACACGCGAGUGGGAGAUUACCUACCUAUCCGCCCGGGGCGCUCCGGGUGCUUUUGAUGCCACGCUGCGAUGGCUAGCAGCCAACGGCUUUCCCAGCCCAGCGCGCUUGCUGUUGGCCUUGGCCUUAGAGACGUCCGUUGAGUCUGCCGUGGACAAGAUCGCAUGGCUGCAGGACGGCCGGGCUUGGUUCGGGGUUGGAACGGUGACAGCUCAAAGACAGGACAGCGAGGAAAGACAGGAUCGGAAGUUUUUGUUGAACGAUGCAACCGAUCAGCAUUUCAAUCGCCAUUUUCCCGGAAUUGUGACCUGGACAUUGCUGGAAGAGCCCCGGUCUCCUCCAAACGUGAUGGCUCUGGUUAUGACGCGUGGUGGCCUCAACAAGAAGCCGAACAGCCAGCAGAACCUGGGCAGUAGCUAUUGUCUCAGUUAUGGGCGCUUUCCGAACAGGUCCUUCCUGUUGGACCUCUUCCUCCGCUUCUUGAAGUGGGAGGCGGACCAUCCCGAGGAGGCUGCUGCAGCGAGAAGCGAGUCGCAGCCGGCACGGGGUGGGAACGAGGAUUUUCCACUGCCCGCGUGGAUCACGACAGCGGGCGCCAACAUAGAGGGAGCCUCCGAAGAUGACGAGGGCUUUCGGUUUAAGGGCGGCAUGGACGCCUGCACAGAAGGCAUAUGGGUCUGGUCCGAGCCUUUCUUGCGACAGCUGAAUGGCCAGGACGUUGCAGUCCUUCUGAUGGACACACAGGGCGCCUGGGACAGUAACAUGACCAAGGAGCAAUCUGCAACAGUCUUUGGUUUGACCGCAGUGCUGUCGUCCAAGCAGAUUUACAACAUCAACAUGCAGAUACAGGAGGACAAGGUGGAGAACCUGGCCUACUUCAUGCGCUUCGCGCAGGCGGAGCUCAAUAAGGCCGCCAGCGAGAUGGAGCGAGAAGGCAAGCCUUUGAGCCGAGAGGAGAUCGACAGACCCUUUCAGUCCUUAGACUUCCUCGUCCGCGACUGGCGACACUUCAGGGAUGACUGGACAGUGGAUCAAUGCAUGGAGCAGAUGCAGCAGCACCUGUCCCGCCAUGUCAAUCCGCAGAAGAUGGUAGAGAACAGCACUGCCGAGGCGCUACAUGCAAUGUUCAAGCGCUUGCAAUGCUUUUGCUUGCCCCACCCGGGACUCAUCAUCGAGAAGGACACGUGGACCGGCAAGGUCGCUGACAUCAACAGAGACUUCAUCCGGUUUAUGGAUCUCUACGUCCGGGACGUCUUCACCACAGGCCUGAGCACCAAGAAGAUCUUGGGCUCGGAGUUAAGUACCAUGAGCUUUCCGCACGUGCUGCGAAACUUUGUCGAUGCAUUUCACGACGCCGCUCCGGCUGCCAUGUCCUUUACGCAGGCCAUGACCAACUGCACGGUACUCUUGGCCAAGGAAGCGGCCAUGAAGAGUUUCAUCAAGAAGAUGGACGAGGAAGCAUCGAAGAAUCCUAGAGGCAUGAAGCCUGAAGAAUUCACAAGCAUUUCGAGAACUGUCACCCAGCAAGUGGAGGAUGACUACAAGUCCAUGACGAUCUUCGGGUCAGACGACACCAGGAAAGACACCUGGACCGAAAUCUGCACGAACUUGGAGAACCUCCGAAAGAGGUACGAGCAGGAGAAUGCGGCACGACUAGAGAAGGCAUUGGUCGCUUUUGCGAACAUCUCCUUGAUUGGCCUAGCACUCUUCCUGCUAGAUCGAAUAAGCGACUGGACUUGUGAUUGGUGGUCGCAAACAUGUACGGACUUGAGCAAGUUGAUGCUUCUAGCCUACGUGCUCAUCUUUGGUUACGUGGGUGUGCAAGCGUACCUCGCUCUCCACGAUCGGGGGCGAGUCGCCGCCGCCAUGGCAGGAGGCGAGCUCUGGAAAGAAAUGGUCCGCUUGAUGGGCCUGUAUGGAGAGCUCCUCCAAGAGAUGGAGCUGAAAGAAGUGCCGGGCUGGUUGAAGGAGCAGGCCCUGAACUUGUACAACCAGGCUACGGGAGCAGCCCCUAGCAUCGACUCCAAGAACAAGAAGGACUGA